CGCCGGAGCAAGUCGGCGGCUGCGGCGAGCGCGGGCAGAGGGAGCGGCGGCAGCGGCGCUCGAGGAGGGAGCUGCCCGGCGGAGACCCGGGGGCGCUGCGAGCCCCCCGCAACGAGCCCAUGGAGCUGCUGGCGGGGAACAGCAGCUGUGCGGACGGUUCUCUGAUUACUGUUUCCUGCCCUUCCCGCUGGGUCGUAUGCCAGGUGAUCCGAGAUGGCGACCUGGCCACUUCUGCCCCUGAGAAUGUCAGUGCCCACACCAGCUGGGCAAUCCCAGUGGAAAGCAAAUACGGCUUCUAUAUCGGCCUGGCCCUCGCCAUCUUCUCCAGUUUCCUCAUCGGCAGCAGUGUCAUCCUCAAGAAGAAAGGGCUGCUGCGGCUGGUGGACACAGGAGGCACCAGAGCAGGAGACGGUGGUCACGGCUACCUCAAGGACUGGUUGUGGUGGGCUGGCCUGUUAACCAUGGGUGGAGGAGAAGCUGCCAACUUUGCUGCCUAUGCAUUUGCACCGGCGACUAUCGUCACGCCGCUUGGUGCCCUGAGCGUGCUCAUAAGUGCCAUCCUGUCUUCCUAUCUGCUCGCAGAGCGGCUGAAUCUCCUGGGAAAGCUAGGCUGCAUGCUGAGCAUUGUGGGUAGCACUGUUAUGGUGAUACACGCCCCGGAAGAAGAGGAGGUCACCACGCUGACGGAAAUGGCUUCAAAACUGAAAGAGCCCGGUUUCCUCGCUUACGGUACCAUCCUCUUAGUCGCCUGCCUGGUCCUGAUCUUCUUCCUCGCACCACGCUACGGGCAGCACAACAUUCUCAUCUACCUCGCCAUCUGCUCCGUGAUCGGUGCCUUCUCCGUGUCUUCGGUCAAAGGUCUGGGGAUUGCCAUCAAGGGCUUCUUUGCUCACCAGCCGGUACUGCAGAACCCGCUGACCUGGAUUCUCAUCAUCACCUUAGUGGCUUCCGUCACCACUCAAGUCAACUACCUCAACAAAGCGCUAGACGUUUUCAAUACCUCGUUGGUGUUCCCCAUCUACUACGUACUGUUCACCACCAUAGUCAUCACCACUUCCAUCAUCCUCUUUAAGGAGUGGGUCACCAUGUCCGUGGUGGACAUUAUUGGGACGGUGUGUGGCUUCCUCACCAUUAUUUUGGGGGUGUUUCUACUCCAGGCCUUCAAAGACAUGGAUGUAAGUCUGAGGAACUUACCGCAAGCUCUUCAGAACAGCAACCAGACACCAGCAGUCAAGGACGACAAGAACAUUCUUAUAGAAGUGGACAAUUCUGGCACAGUGACUGAGGAUAAACCCAAGGUAUUCAUGAUCUACAGCUAGAGCAGUGACACACAUGUUCAAGAGCAGAGGAUGCUGUUCUGAACAGGGUAAAAUAUUACUGAUCAAUUUGAAAGCAAAAGCACAAACAGUAAAACUAGUCUUGGGUCUGAACUAAAAACAAUCUUCCAGUGGAUCAUAUCUGAUGUCGUAACAUGAGCAAGGGGUAUAUUUUGUUUUCAGCCAUAAGACUUGAACAUGAACAGCUGCUGAAAGUGGCAUCUCCCUUGAUAUGAUAAACUUGGAGCAAACAACUACUCUGGGAUCCUUUCUGACUGCUGGGUCUCUCAUCAGUGCCAGUGUCUAGGGCAUCUGCCUGCUUUUUUUCCUAAGCAGAACUCCGGCUGAUGAUGUGCUUACUUCAGACUGCUCCCCACUGACUAGCUGAUUAGUGGAGUUUGAUUUUGUUACAGCCCCUAUCCCAAGGGCUCUCAAUCCAUCUACAACACGUAAAACACAUAGCAACAGCAAGCCGAACAGGAAGGUCCCCGGUGAAUAUUCUGCCCUUGCAAACCACCCGGGCUGCUUACCCAGAUGGAUAGCAACAGCUAGUCUGGACAUCUGUCACUGCUUCCAAUCCCCGAAAGCCUGGGGGAAGCAGAGAGCCAAUGGCACGCUAUGUCAGAGCAAGUUCCGUAGCGAAAGGUCCAUUCAUGGAAAACACCCUCCUCUCACCAGCACCCUCUAUCUGCUUUUGUAAAGACACCUGGCCCAGGAAAUAUUUAAGCCAGUAAGAGAUCAUUUAUUUUUGUCUGCCAAAGAGCAGCCGAAGAGAUUUGGUGCACAGGAGAUGGUCAGGGUGAUGGUGCAACGUGGCUUGAUGAGCUUUAAAAAUAACGAGUAGUCCUGUGGCACCUUAGAGACUAAUAAAUAUAUAGUAUCUGGAGCUUUCGUGACAGCAGUGUCACCUAGGGCAUUCCGUCAAGGAUCUUGUGCAAAAUCGUAGGGGUUUCAACCAAAAAGUUCUAAGAGGACACUUGGGUCACAUCUGAGUUUCUGUGGCUCGAAAGAACAAAACAGCGGAACGCAGAGAAAGUUUUGACACUAAAUUGUGCAGCACUCCCCCCGUCCCUGUGCAGGAUAGAGCACAGCAGGGCAAGGAAGUAAGGUGUGUUUGUCCUCAGGCGGUGGAAGCUACCACCCCAGCCUGCCUGCAGGAGAACCGCGUGGAUCCGAGUGUGGGAACGGAAGAGCAGCCUUGCUGCUGGAGCCCCCAAAUUGUGGAUGGACCCAGAGAAAGCGGCCGGACACCAGCCGCACGCCCCGGCUGCUGCCUCCGUCCAUUUCUAGCUUUUGCCAUAGGCCCUUCCUGGGCUCCCAUCUCCACAGACUCUUCGCUCCUCUCCCUCAGUCUGCAGUGUGUUUGCCCAUUCGCCACAGAGCAUUUCCUCCCCCAGACUUCUCCCUAGCUCAGGCUGCUUCCCUGGACUCCCUUCCCCUAUUCCAGGGCGUCCGCUCCAUUACCACCCCCACACCUCUGGUCAGCCAUCUAUGGGUUGACCACACCCCAGAACCCUCUCCCCUGAGGGCCAGUCCCAGGUUAUGCCCUCCCUCCAACUGGGCACAUUCCGGCUUUUGCGCAAACCCUCUUGCUGUCAGCUGAGCCCCAUCAUGAAUCCAAGCCACCUGGUUCCCAGUCCGUUGGGAUCAGUUAGAGGGGCACAGAUGUCUUGAUAAGCUGAGCCACCUGGGGACAAUGAGCAAAGACCCAGUGCACAUGCAGUGCUUGUGCUAGGCAGAGCUCACUAGUGCAAAGGGUGAAGAGCUGCAGACUGUACACCCCAUGCCCUAAAUGAUCUUGGGUUGUAUUGCCUCCGGACACAGGGCUGUUCUGAACAGUGAGUGUAUGAGUUGAGCCUUCUCAAGCUCAUAAGUCCACGUUGAAUUCAACAGCCCCCGAUUUCAGCUUGGGAGUCCAGAGAGGUGCAGACCUGGAAGGGGCGUGGGUUUUGAGUCAGUCUGUUACAGCGGGGCAUGCUUAUCAAAAUGCCAGCUGAGACUAAAAGCAUCCACAGAUUUCCAAGGUUCUGGUUCAGCUCCCAUCUCUGCAUUGACCCAUUGUGCUGGGUAACCCGAUGAGCUGCGGCAGUGCCAGGAUUGCACGGGAAUGACUGACGCUCACUAGCAUGAUGGAAGAUGCCAGGUAAAGCCGUAGAGCCAGGUUCUACCCAUCUGUGGUGAGGAAUAACUUGGCCAUUCAGCAUGAGUCAGAAUGGCACAAUCAGCACCUUCGCUUAGUUUUUUGUUGUUUAAAUGGGGCUCAGGCAAAGUGUGUAUGUGUCUCUUUUGAUAUAUAUUUUAGAAAUGUGCACCUCUCUGUCUGAGAGUCCAUUUGCUCAAGAAUACCUCUCAAACGGUAAGAGGUAGGACCACCACAUUUGCUAUGCAGCUUCCUCUUAUCAUAAGUUAAAGCAAGAUCAGGGUUUGGUUGUGCCAGGACAAUGGGAUUUCUGUGGAAUUCAUUUGUUUCUCAUAAAAUGGAAAGGGAGGGGGUCUGGCUGGAGGGACAGUUAUACUGCGGAAUGACCACCAUGGGGCAACAAGGGGCUAGAGAUGGGGACUGGGACAGCUAUAGCCCUAUUGGGCCAGCAGGGGGCACAGAUGGGGACUGGGACAGCUAUAGCCUUAUUGGGACA